AUGAUGUCAGUGCUUAUUCAAUCUGUUCUAAAUUUCAGUACGAAUUUUUGGUUACGACGUCUGACGUCAAACGUUUAUUUAUGUACAUUAUCUGUAUCCAGUUGCGUGUUUUUGUUUACGUUGAUGGUGUCAUGGGUGGAUUCGGCGUAUCGGCUUCAUAUCUACAUGGAUUCGGAGAUCGGCUGCAAAUUAUUUACAUUUCUCGCUCAUCUAUCGGAUUUCGUAUGUGUAUGGAUGAUUUCGUGGAUAUCAUGUGAUCGUAUGAUAGUGCUAUAUCGACCAGGUUUUCGUAAAUGGGUCUGCACAAAAAGGUUCUCCCGAAACUGGACGGUCUUCACCCUUGUGACGUCGAUUGUGUUCUACAGCUGGGUGUUCAUGUUUGCUGGUCUCGAGGAAUAUAAAGGCGACUUAUUCUGCGGUCUGAGUAGUAAGGCACAGGUGUUUGGGUAUCCGGUGGCCGAUCACUAUUUCCUGUUCACGUUACUCGACACUGCCAUCUGCACUCUUGUGCCUGCUAUUCUGAUCAUGUUUGUCAAUUCUCUUUCCAUCUACCGCUAUCGUCAAUGCAUGCGGAUCUACUCGUCAGGAGUACUGAGAGUACGAUUCGACCGUUCAUCCAACACUAACCCAAUACACUACGAAGAGACAACUGCGAAGAAGUUGUUGUUGAGUCAAACGCGUACCAAUACCCAAAUGUCAACACAAUCGAAUCGAUCCACGUGUGGAAAAUUGCGCUCUUCAGAUCUUCAGCUAAGUAGAACUUUGCUCAUUGUGACAAGCACUUUCGUUCUUCUAAAUGUGCCCAGUUAUAUGGUGAGGAUCAUCCAAUACAUUUUCGAGCCUCGUACCCAAAUUUUCCAUUUCUUGCACUAUUUCUCCUACUUAAUCUACUAUCUACAUCAUGCAGUACUAUUCUACAUGUACAUAUUCUGGAGUCCACAAAUGAAAAAACAACUUAAACCGACUGCGAUCCGUCUUCUGGAGUGCUACUGCUUCAAAACUGUUCCUGAAUUCGGCCAUCGUUCUACUUCCGUUCAGGGUUUCAAUUGA